AUGCACUGAUUGCUGCGAUUCUACAUUGCAAAAUUCAAAACACUCCACACUCCGCAGUCUCAAAUUCUCUGAAUACAUUUCACUCAAUAUUAAACAAUAUUUUGUCGUGUUUCUCUUAAGGCCCUCCACUUUGGCAAAAUGAGAAUUAUGUACCACUAUCUGUAUGAGGAGCUCUACAAAGAAGGGGAGUACAAGACUAAAGACAAGAAGAGAAGCCUGCAGCUGGUUAAUCGCAUGUUUGGAGAAAAGACAGUCAAUUUUUAUGACAAUUUCCUAGACGAAUGUGAGGAGUGGUGUUUUGCCAGCUUGAGGAAUGCUGACUUCAAGACGGAUCCUGAUGCUGCAAGAAAAAAGAUCAAUAGCUGGGUGGAGAAUAAGACUUACCAUCAACUGAAGGAUUUGUUGGAUCCAGGAGAUGUGUCUAAGGACACGAGUCUUGCUCUUAUCAGCGCAGUGUACUUCAAGAAGAAGUGGGCCACCGGCUUCAAAUCUGUCACCAACAAG